GUGACAAGCAGGAAGUGGAGCGCACGUGUGUUGUGUACAGGGUGAGCUAUGGAGCUGUUACUGGGGUGUACUGGGGGCUUGGAUCAUCAGGUCCCCUUUUGUCGGAAGAGAAAGAUCUCCCUGCAAAGCUGUGAGACCUGCGGUAGCGAGGAAGCGAAGUACAGGUGUCCUCGAUGUAUGAAAUAUUCCUGCAGUUUAUCUUGUGUGAAGAGGCACAAAACUGAUAUCAACUGUAAUGGGGUCCGAGACAAGACAGAGUUUGUUCCCAUCCACAAGUUUGAUGAAAUGAAUUUACUAAGUGAUUACAGAUUUUUGGAAGAUGCUGGAAGAUCCGUAGGCUGUGCCGGCAGAGAUCGUUUGUGUAAAAUAAAGACCACAAAUUCAUCUAUAAAUUCUUUAAAAAACAGAGCCAAAAAGUUUGGUAUUGACCUGAAAACAUUGCCAAUUGUAUUCUCAAAAAGAAGAGAGAAUUCAACAUUUUUUCACACGAAGGAGCAAAUAUUUUACUGGCACCUGAAGCUGCUGUUUCCUCAAAGUCAUGCUGAGUACACAGAAAAAAGAGUACCAGAUAAUAAAACACUCCAUAAAAUCCUGGAGACCUACAUCGAUCCGGCAGACUCCGAUCCAGUCUUUCGCCAAAGACUUAAAGCGUACAUCAACUCUCCAUCAGAUGUCAAAGUCUUUGUGAAAGUGGAACAGAGAGCGCAUAAAUCAGUCAGGUACUAUGAAUUGGAUUCCAGUAAAACUCUUCUGGAGAAUUUAAAGAAUAAAACGAUCAUUGAAUAUCCCACGUUACAUGUGGUCUUACAGGAAUCGGCAAAAGACUAUGUGGUUCUUGACCAAGAGAGUAAACCAUCUGCAUCCACUUCCCAUGAAAAUGAAGAUCUAGAAGAAGGGGAGAUCCGAGAUAGUUCUUGACAGUUUUGUUUAAGGAAAAUCUCAAGACUAUUUUACUUGGGGGAGAAAAAAACACCUUUUUGUAACCUUCAAAAUGUACAUUGUGAGCGUUUGAAAAGAACGCAGCCGCCGUGGCUGUAAAUAAGAGUUUUGUAUCUAAUAAACACUGUUUUGUAUAUAAUAAA